ACUAGGUCAGAUGCAGGUCGGGAGGUGCAGCAACUGCAGCAGCGAAUAAUUUACCCAUUUAAUGUCAUGACAUGGCUGAAUCGCAAUAUGCCAAGAGCAUUGAGCUCUCACAUGCAGAGGCAUUCAGAAAUAUGAAAAAUGCAAAAAGAUUUGCAAUUGAUAUAGGUGGUUCCCUGGCCAAGCUUGCCUACAUUUCCACAGUACAGAGGAAGAAGUCACUACUGGCAGAGGGCCUUGAUAAUCUGGAGAAUGCAGAGCAUAUAUACACAGUUGUGGAGGACAUUGAGAACCAAGAUGCCUUACAUUUUGUGAAGUUUGAGAGUAAAUUUAUAGAGACCUGCCUGGACUUCAUCCAGGGAAACCUACUGCCAGCAAAUAAGGAGAACCUGAAGAACAAGGUCAUCAAGGUCACAGGAGGGGGAGCCUUCAAGUACAAGGAUUUGAUAACCAGUAAAUUAGGGGUACAGGUAGAUAAAGAAGAUGAGAUGGAGUGUUUGAUAAAAGGUUGCAACUUUCUUCUGAAGAACAUCUCUGAUGAGGCAUUCACCUAUGUCAAACAUGGCAACCCCGAGUACGACUUCCAGGCUGUGGGAUCCGACCCAGAAAUAUUUCCGUAUUUAUUGGUCAAUAUAGGGUCUGGAGUGAGCAUAUUGAAGGUAGAGGCAGAUGGUCAAUAUGAGAGAGUUGGAGGCACGUCAAUGGGAGGAGGAACAUUCUGGGGUCUUGGAUCUCUCCUCACCAAGGCUAAGGGAUUUGAUGAGCUGUUACAACUGGCAGCAAAGGGAGACCACAGGAACAUUGACAUGUUGGUGAAGGACAUCUAUGGAGGAGCUUACAACAGGGUGGGCCUGGCCUCUGAUGUCAUCGCCAGCAGUUUUGGGAGAGCAGCUCGGUCCGCACAGGAGAGACAGUAUGCAGACUUCAAGUCAGAAGAUAUUGCUAAGAGUCUCCUGAUCAGUAUUAGCAAUGACAUAGGACAACUGGCUUAUCUACACGCCAAGUUUCACAAACUGAAGAAAAUAUACUUUGGUGGCUUCUUCAUCCGUGGUCACCCUAUGACUAUGCAGACCAUCUCUUUCGCUAUUAGUUUUUGGUCUAAAGGAGAGAUCCAAGCUCUAUUUCUCAGACAUGAGGGAUACCUUGGGGCCAUAGGAGCCUUUCUGAAAGGAGCUGAGGAGGAGGAGGCUGACAAGUACUCGUGGAUUGAGGACUACGCAGGCAGCUCUGGUCUGCAGAGUCCUAGGACCAGUAAAGUCCCUCUGAGGGAGAGAAAGUCUACAUUUGACAUGCUAGAAUUACACAGGUUCUCCAACCCACUGGUCAACUGUCCACUACUGUUGGACCCAUCCAGUUAUUUCCCUGAUGUAGUGGACCUUACCCAGGACGCGGCCGCCAGGGAGUACUGGCUGCAGUGCUUUGAGGAAGCCACUGAUAAGUUUGUGGAACGUGCUAUUGCCAGUCAGCCAGACUCCGUAGACGCCAGUGACAGGGCUGCCAAGUUCAAGGACAAAUAUUUACAGAGAUUGAAGGAGUUUAAGGCAAAUCCAUCAGCAUUUGGGUCAUUAACAGUCCGUAGUCUUUUAGAUACAAGAGAACAUUUUUUAAAGGAGUCAAGUUUCUCGGACCCAUACAUUCAGCAAAAGCAAUUUGAAAAUGAACAGGCUUUGAAGCAUCUAGAGGACCAUCUGAAGUUUUUAGACAGCUUGUCUUGGCAGGCUAAACAGCUGGCCCUGGUGGAGGGUUUGCUGGCGGGGAAUGUGUUUGACUGGGGAGCCAAGGAAGUGGUGAACAUCAUGGAGGAGGGCCAGUUUGGGUUCACAGAGGCCAGGGCUAGGCUGCAAGCGAGGCCCUGGUUGGUGGAUAACUAUGAGCAGUGGUUAGAGAGGCUGAAAGGUCCCGUCCACAACUGUGCCGUCAUCUUCUGUGACAACAGUGGCAUUGACAUUAUACUGGGAGUGUUUCCAUUUGCCAGGGAGCUGCUCUCUAGAGGGACUAAGGUAAUCUUAUGUGCUAACACCAUGCCAGCACUGAACGAUGUCACAUACAGUGAAGUGAUAAUACUUGCCAAAAGAGUGGCCGCCAUCUCUGAGACGAUCUCCCGGGCGUUAGCAGAGGAGAGACUGGUGAUAAUGGAGUCUGGACAGGCUUCUCCUUGUCUUGAUCUCAGGUAUAUCAGUUAUGACCUGAGUAUGAAGAUACGUGACAUGGCGGCUGAUCUCAUUGUCCUGGAGGGUAUGGGCAGAUCAGUCCACACCAAUUACUCCACAGCCUUCUCCUGUGAGGCCCUGAAGAUAGCCGUCCUCAAGAACCGCUGGCUUGCUAACAGACUGGGUGGAGACAUGUUCAGCAUUAUAUUUAAAUAUGAAAAACCCAAGCGUGUGGUGCUACGGACGCACUCGUUACCUGCCAAGUUUUCUGUGGACAGCAGGUAGCAGUGAGUGGGAACAGUAAGCUGUGGCUGGAAGUUUCAAACUUGGAAAGGUUGACUUUCAGAAAAAAGUGGACCUUUUUAACCCCUUCCUGCAGGUGAUUAUGUUUGAGGAAUAAAAUAGGACCUUGAUCUGUUUUGAUCCAGAGUGGACCUACACGGGGCAGAAGGGCUGUUCUUUCAACCCACCGCACCCCCUCUGCCUACGACACUGGGAACAAAUGGUUUUGUUCCAGGAAGAAUGUUUGUAUGCAGUCACUAGGGUUACACCAGGUGACCUUAAAGAGUGGGGACAUUGUUAUACAGUUUUUUACAUGACAGGAAGUCAAGUAAGGUUGAUAGCACAUCUGCUACUGUGUCAAAGAACGUAUUCAGAUUCAAAUGUUGACUACAUCAAUCCAACUCUGCAGGAAUUUGCAUUCAGUGUAAUCAGCUUAAUUGACAGCAAGGGAGUAAUAAACUUUCAUGUGCAUUUGCCUUAUUUACCCAUGGCAGUUCCAGGAGGCACGUCAGACAUUUAUCCCGAUUACACUUAGGGAGAAUCUCUUGCAGAGUUGGGGCGAUCCAGCUAGUGUGAUGGUUUUGUGGGAAUGCUCCCAAAGAGAUCAUAUAGAUAUGUUGAUGAUAAUUUUAAUAUUAUUUAUUUUGAAAAAGUCUAAAUCCAUUAUCUGUUCAGUAGAGUUAACAACAAAAUUUAUAAAAGUUUAUAGACACUAAUGAUUAAAUGAUAUUAUAGAGUUAAAGUUUGACUAAAGAAAUAGUAAUUAAAAGUAAAAAAUCCAAGAUUUUAC